UCUCUCUCUCUCUCUCUCUCUCUCUCUCUCUCUCUCCCCUCAAUCAGAAAGUCAGCGCCUCUUUUCUCUCUGUGUUUACAUCUUGGUUGAUGGGCGAGUUUACUUUCAUGGAAGACGGGGAUCUGCAAGCUGCUAUGAGAGGAUGCACCAGUGAAGCUUUUGCAAAUAUCGUGAACAACGACUCAACAACGCUGUUCGCUUCUCUGAACCUUGAUCGAGAUGAACUUUUUAGUUUCCCUGAAAUCUUUGAUUCCACAACAGAUUUUAAUGGACUGAAAGAAAUUUACGAGCCGUUGUACCCUGUGUUGCGCCAGCAGUCGCUUUCCACCCCAAGCAACGUUAGUGUCGUCAGCUCCAAGUCUAUUCCGAUCUGUAAGGUGAAAGAGCCAGAGAAACUGCGAAGGAAACAUCCUCAUUCUGAAUCUGCUACUCCGGCAAGCAGUAGUGAUGCUACUGUGGCAGCCAAAUCAAAAAGGAGCAGGAAGAAUCAGCAGAAAAGGGUGGUUAAACAUGUUACAGCAGAUGGUCUUUCAUCUGAUAUGUGGGCUUGGAGAAAAUAUGGGCAGAAACCCAUCAAGGGAUCUCCAUAUCCAAGGAACUACUAUAGGUGUAGCAGUUUAAAAGGAUGUUUGGCUAGAAAACAUGUAGAGAGAUGUAGUACGGAUCCAUCAUUAUUCAUCGUAACCUAUACUGCUGAGCACAGCCAUGCCCAUCCUACUCGCAGAAAUUCCCUCGCUGGCAGCACCAGAAUUAAGUCCUCCAUGGCUAAACAAGCCACAGCCAAUGAACCUAACAUGCCAACAAGCAAAGAGGAUUGUUUGGAUACAGUUCCUUCUUCAACAACCCAUUCAAUGGCUUCCACUGAUCAGGAUGAACGGGUGCGAGAUGUGAGAAUUAAAAAUGAAGAACAGAUUAAUAUUGAAGAUAGUGGAAGCAAUGAAAUUGUCAUGCCAAACAUAAUCUUCAGCGACGAUUUGUUUCCCAGCUUAGAUGAUUUUGAAGAACUCUUUCUGGAACAUCGAUUCGCAGCUACAGUUGAUUAACCCUUGUUCAUCAAUGGCCGCAAGCAUGAUCGCAGUAUAACAUAAUCUUCUUUUCCUUCUCACAUUUUUGUCUUGUAAUCUUAGUUUUGUAUAGUCCAUCUGCGUCUUCCAAGAGAUGUUUCUCAGACAUCAAACAAAGAAUACAAUUAAUGUUGUGUUUUAAUAAUUAAGCAUGCAAUGAAAAUUUUGGUGUUUUUUAGGUAUAAACAUGAAAA